AUGGGUUCCAGCAGCGUCGUAUCUGCAGCCCUGCCGCUCGCAGGAAUCGGGGCUUUCCUUGCCAGACCCAAGCUUUGGAAAGAGGUGAUUUGCCCAAUUAUUGUGUCCCUCAUCAGUACGCUGGUGUCGCUCUUCGUGCUCUUUGGGGCAGCGCUGCACCCGCAAGCACAUGCUCUCAUCAAUGCAGGAUGGCCAGGAUGGCUUGCCUGGAUUUCCGGAGUCUUACUGGUCCUUGCAGAAGUGGCUCUGGUCAACAUCAUCUUGAUGCUCGUUCUUUUUGGCUGCGUUCAAUCGAAGAUUUCGCGUGCAGUGUUGCAAGAGAAAGGAGUCAUGGACCAGCUGCGCGCAGAGUUUGCACAGCGUGGACAGGAGCUUCCGGAGGCUAAUUGCAUGAGGGACCUGGGCCACAACCUCCUUUUCCUCUUCGGAAGGAUACCUUUGAUGAUCCUGACGAUGCCGCUUCAUGGGGUGCCCAUAUUGGGUCAGGUGGCAUGGCUUGUUCUGAACGGGUGGAUUUACGCGUGGGAGUUGGAAGCAGAGUUCCUUGUCUUUGCAUGCGAGCGGCACCGAUGCAACGAGCAGUGGCAGUUCGUCAGCAAGCGUUUCGGUGCCUUUGUGGGCUUUGGAACGACAGCAAUGGCACUGGAACUGAUUCCCUUCAUUGGUCCAUGGGUGUUCUUUGCUUCCAACGCAUGUGGAGCUGCAUUGCUUGCAGAAAGCUUCUUCGAGGAGACGCACCUCCGUGCCAACGGAACAUGGAUUGCAAAGACUGUCCAGAAUGGGGAGGUGGUAGGCAGUUCUUCAACGGAGGGCAGCUCCAACGGGCCUAGCUCGCCGCCGAUAUGCUGA